AUGGCAAAAAAAGGAAAAACAAAAAAGGCAAAAGCAGGUGAUGAAUCCUUGCGCAUUGCAUUGAACUGUGACACAGUUCUUCCUCUUGUGCUUGUGGAGAAUAUGGAUGAGGUUAGAGCCAAGUACAAACCCUACAAAAUCAUUCAGGAGGAACUCUCUGAUGAUGGGAUGGAUGACAAACAUAACUUUUUUGCAAGGCGAUCAAGCUCACAGCGACUAAGUAGAAAACGAGGUAGACCAUCUUUUACAAUUGAUCGUGUUCCAAAAUCUUCUGCUUUGCCUUCAGCUCGUGUGGGCUGGGGAGCUCAGGCGCUGCGCGAGAGCACUCCAUAUGGAUUGCUGCGGCGUGUCGAUCUCUUUGAUCGCUGCAGCUAUAUUAUGGACCACGAGGACUACGUUUGGUGUAAUGCAAGAAAUGUCGUUAGUGCUUUUUUCACGAAAGUCAUUACAAAACUGGAAAAGAGCUACGUCAUGCAUCUUGGGCUUGCAGCAAGGCGGGACGAAGCCUCAACUAACUUGGAUGCUUCCGCUAAUGGCACCUAUAACAAUGAUAAUAAUGCCGUCCCUAAACAGUCGGAUAAACGUACUGUGGAGAUAUGUGGUGUUUGUUUGAGGCCAGAAUUUCUGGAAGAGGCCGAACGUUUCCUUCAAUGCAGACGAUGUGGAUGUAAGGCACACGUGAAGUGUUGGAUUUUAGAAGCCUUACCGCCUAAUUCAGACGAUUGGCUUUGUCCAUGUUGCGUGGGGGCGCGACGUGAGAAGGGCAUUGGACGUUGCUAUUCAUGUGGGCGAAAAGGGGGGGUAAUGCUGCCGUUUGUCUCGGGUCAUGAAUGGCAACGCAAAGGUGCUGCUGCUAAUUCUUUUUUCUGUCACAUUGUGUGUGCUCUCACCUUUGGGGAGCUGACCAUUGACGUGAAGCAGCGGGUGGUGCACCCCGCAAAACGUGCAAGGAAGUCAGAUCGAUUGGCUUACUGUGUAUUCUGUCACAGUGAAAGUGCGGGGGCGCGUGAGAGAUGUCAUCACCCUCGCUGUUUUGAGUCAAUGCACCCCUCAUGCGCACAGCAAGCCGGUACCUUGGAGUGUUACCGGGCUCCGCAUCACGCACAUACCUCGGGUCCAUGGGAUGGAUGUCACAUGUAUUGUCGUGCGCACUUUGGCGUAGUGUUAGACUCGGAGCUGGGGCUAGCACGAAUGGGGGAGAUUGCAGAAGCGGAGGCUCUCCUCCGUGUAACUAUGGAAGACUUUGUUGGAACUACACGACCCACGCGAAGAGGACGGCCCCCGAAUGCCAAAUUCAUAGUGGCUACUUUGGAGGCCGUCAAAAAGUAUUGGGUUGAGAAGCGUCUGCAACGGCUUCAUGAGGGUCUGAAGAAGGCGAAAAGCAUUCGCGAAGGCCAAAUUGAUAUCGCCUCCGUCUCACUUAGACCUGAAGUCAUGAAGAUCACUCCAACCGAGGUGCGUCUCGCACGUUUUGUCUGCCUUAUCCCGGAACUACAGCAUUACGUCAAUGCCACAGUUGAGGGAGUAUUGCCUAUCCCUGACGAGGAAUACGAUGACGUGGAGGAGUAUAGGAAAAACCGCUCCCGCACCCGUUACGCAAAUAACUCGUCAAGACUAUAUGAAAAAAUGCAAUCUAUUGCUUCUCAUAUUCAUGUCUUUUCUGAGCUUGCUGAAUUGCUUCACCAGCAGGCUUUGCUUCGGCAGGAGUUGGUGGAUACGGAUCUACAGCUUCUCGAGGCGCGCUGUCCCUGGAUAGCUGUGGCCAGGUAG